CUUGCAGUUUUGGCACUUUUUCUGAGCGCAAAAAAAAUAACUGUGUUAUUGUGCUCCUGUUUAAAGAAUUGAUUUAAAAUUAAUAAAGAAAGCUGCUCAUAACUUGCCUGCCUGCCUGGCAGAGAAACUGGCUAGCAUGGAGGGGAGCGUACCAGAGGCAAAGUACCAGAAACUGGCAAGCGAAUACUCAAAGCUGCGUGCCCAAGCACAAGUGUUGAAGAAAGCAGUGUUGGAUGAGCAGGCAAAAGAGGCGAUUCUGCGGGAACAGUUGCAACAGAAUGCAACAUCUCUAAGACGGACCGAGCAGGAGGUGGAUUCGUUGGGUUUUCGCAACAAACAGCUGGAGUCGCGUGUCUCGCAGUUGCAGCAAGAACUAACGCUGCACGAGCAGGCGCCCAAGAAGAAAGAUCCCAGCAGGCGCGGUCUCUUGGGUGGCAGCAAACAGGAACCGCCAAGUGAAGCACCCAACACAAAUGCCGCCCAAGAAGCGCUCAUUUUCGAGGAGUUGCAAAAGAAAAUCAUGGAAAACGCACAACUGACAUCAUUGAUCGAUGACAAGCAACGUGACUUGUUGCUGCAUACCGAACGUAUUUUAGAGUUGGAACAGAAACUCGAGAAGCGCAUCAGUGACCAAAAUGAGGUGGAGAAACGUUUGCGCAAAGAAGUGGAAACACUGCAGCAUAGAAACUGUGAACUCGAAACAAAGCUGGUCGAUGCAGCCAGCAUGCUGGGCAGUGAAGAUGCCUUGAGCGCCACAGGCAGCGACAGCACGCCACUGCACAAUCCGCUGCAGCAGCACCAGCACCAGCUUAACACCAAUACAGCCUUACCGCUAACUGCCGAGGAGCGCAUUGCGCUGCUGGAGAAGGAGACGGCGCACUGGCGAGCCCAGUACGAGGUGCUUAAACUCAACCAGAAUCAGAACUAUAACUUCAACUCGAACACAAAUAACAUGGAUCUCGGCAAAACGUUGAGCGAUGCCAGCAUUAUCUGCAGCUGCAGCACAGCUGCCGCGGGCGUCACUGUCAAACCGUGCAGUCUGGAAAUCAAGUGCAGUCAGCGCGCGCGUGACUCACUGCAGGAACCACUAGAGCCACCCACCAAGGAACAGCUCAUCUAUAGUGUUUUUAGCAAAAAGUUCGAAGAUUUACUGCGUCUCAAAGCACUGGCGGAGUCGCGUCUGCGGUCGUCUGAACAGGAAGCAGUGCAUUUGCAGAUUUGUUUAGAAAACGCAACGCAAGAACUGAAAUCCAAGGACGAGCAACAGUCCAGUCUGGGCGGUGCACUGCAAAUGCUCGAAGAGGAACUUACGACGACGCGCAUUAACUAUGAGGAACAGAUCAGCGUCCUCACGGAACAAGUGAUUAGCUUAAGCGAACAAUUGGCUGCCGGCCAUUGAAUGAUGCCUCGCCGCUUUAUUGUAUAUUCAAGCAACAGAAUAUCCCGGCUACUGUCCAGGAGAGGCAACGGCUGCGUUAUUGAAUGGAAGCCGGAGAUGUGGAUACGGUUGAGAAUGCUCUUAUAGGCUACUGUUUAAAUUAUGCUACUUUCGUCACGAAGAAAUUCAACAAACGGCUAACUGUAAACAGGGCAUAAAUCGCAUUUUUCUAGGUCCAAGAGCAAAGCAGUGUGUAUAUAGCUGAAUAUAUAAAUUUAUAUAUAUAUAUGUAUGUUUUAAAUAUUUCACUAAAGUUUAACAAACAA